CAGCACAUCGGGAGACAUACAUACCAACCAACGGACCAGCCAGCCAACCAAUCGCGAACCCCCGCGGAUUCCGGCUUCUCACCAAAAGAAGGGCAUCCUGUGUAUGAGGCGGAACAGAAGAACCGAGACUCGCCCAGCCAGCCUUCCCUUCAUCUCCCUCUUUCCCUUCUCUCUCAUCAUAGCUAAGGACGCUCGAAGCACUGGAGACGAAGGGACGCGCAAGGGCAGUUAGUCCGUCAUCAUGGACGAAGAGGCACCUCAACAUCAGCUAUCCAACGGCACAAUGCUCACACCGGACGCCAUCGCAGACCUGCUCUCCUCCGCCUCGGCAUGGGCUGAUCCUGGAUCCGAGAGCCAGAGCCGCGCGCACAGGACGGCCCUGCUGGGCGACGUGCUGUUCACAGCAAAGCAGCUAUGGAAUGUCGGCAGCGAGGAGCUUGAUGCCGUGGCCGAGAAGCUGGGUGACGGGAGUCGAGACGCUUCAUGGAGACGGCCGCUAGGAGAGUCGGGCAUCCUGGACUUCUUCCUCUCCAUCAUCGCCACACAAGGCCUCCGUCCGGAAUUGAAGAAGCAUAUGCUCCGUCUCAUCGGCAACUCCUGUGCCGACACGGAUGAAAACCGCGAAAAGGUCGUCGCCUCGGGCGCCCUCGCCCCCAUCAUCGGAUUCCUCGCCGAUGACGCCGCCUUCCUCUUUGCUGUUCCUGUCCUCUACAACAUCCUCGUCGACUACGAGCCCGCCCAAGCCCAGGCCAGCGCGGAGUCCUUGACAUUGCAUCUUGUGGACUUGCUCGCUAGCACGCGCCUCGCCGACGCCCCGCACCUCGUCGACAUCGUCGUCAAGAUCCUUGCUCUGCUUGCCACUCACGAAACCGAGGCAACCCUGGCACCCUCGCAGACACCAGCUGUCCUCCUCACGCUGGCCCUCGCGCCCACGACUGACGCCGAGGAUUUUGUCUCCCUCACCGCCGUCGCCCUCGCCUACCUCACCCACGCGCCCGUCCAGGCCGCUUUUAUUGCCACGAGCUCCGUCCCUAUGCUGCUGGACACCCUGUACCACCUCCAGACCCAGCUGGACGCUCUCCAGAUCGAGGACGCAGACGCCGCCGUCCAGCUCCGGGCGCUCCCGCAGUCCUUCAUCCAGGUCCUCGCCGACAUCUCCUACGCCGACGAGUUCCCCCUCCGCCACCCGCUUGGCUCCCCCGUCCUCGACACCCUCCAGUCAUGGCUGUCCCUGCCCAACCCUCACCUCCGCGCCGCCGCCUGUCUCUGUCUCGGCAACGUAGCCCGCUCCGACGAGGCCUCCUUCGCCCUUGUCCGCGACAGCGCCGUCCACCUCCCGCUCGUCGCCCUUGUCCGCGACGCCACCGACUCCCAGCUCCUCCACUCCGCCCUCUCCUUCCUCAAGAACCUUGCCAUCCCCUCUCAGAACAAGCCCGUUCUCGGCGACGCCGGCCUUCUCGACCCGGACGUCCUCCCCCGCGUCUGGGCCCUCGACGCGAACCCCCAGGUCCAAUUCUCCGCCGUCUCCCUCGCCCGCCUCCUCCUCGUCAACACCCCGCCCAACGUCCGCCGCCUCUGCGCCCCGCUGAGCCCGGACCCCUUGUCCCCUUCGCACGAGACGACGCAGCUUCACCGCCUCCUCGACAUCUUCGCCCGCUCCGACGCCGAGCACACAAGGACCGAGGCCGCCCGCGCCGCCGCAGUCGUCUGCCGUGUGCUGCACACCACCCCGAUCCCCCCCGUCCUGCCAGACUGGGACCCCUCCGAAGACGGCUACGUCUUCCGGCCCGAGAAGCCGCUGUCGCCCGCGGCCCUCGCCGAGGCUGAGGGCGACGGCAGCACCAAGCGGCGGGCCAAGUUCUACCGCCAGCACGCCGGGUUGAACAAGGCCCUCGCCUUCCUCGUUACGCAGACGCGCUUCCCCGUGCUGCGCAGCGAGGCCUGGUUCGUCUUCGCCCUCAUGUGCCGCGCCAAGGACGGCGCCGACGUCGUCAUCCGCACGCUGCAGGUUGCCGGCGCGUUUGAGGCGCUGACAGAGGCCAUCACGGGGCGGACGUUCGCCGCCGCAGAAGAAGCGCGGGACGGGGUCAGGGCGAUCGAGGAAGGCCCGGCCGGCGCUGGGCAGGCGGCGGUUGUCAGUGGCGGGAGCAAUGCCGCGAUGGUGGAGGGUUUGGGGUUGGAGCCGCAGCAGGCUGACCCGUCGCAGGCGGCGGGCAUGAAGAAGGUGGAUCGGGAGAAUGGCCUGGUCAUGGUCACGGAAUUGGUCAAGAAUCACGCCGACGAGCUGCCGGCGGGGAGGAGGGCAGCGUUUGAAGACAUGUUGAGGGAGGGCAGCGAGAUGCUCGUGGAUGAGAAGGGUAAGGCAAAUGCUUGAUCAUGUAGAACCCCAACAAAAUCAAAAUAUUGACAC